AUGGAUGUGUUCCUGUACCGUAUGCACCAUGAUUUUGGAACUUCUGAACCUAUAUCUGACCUUGAGAAGUUUUUGACACAUAUGGACAUAAAUUGCGUCAUCCAGUCAACAGAAAAUCUUAGUCUGAAUUCAAAUGAACAACACAGCAAAAAUCAAUGUAUUCAUGAUGAUAAUGUUAAAAAUACAGCUGAUUAUCUGCUAGGCGAUGAAUUUGAAAAAUCGUGGGAUAUAAACAAUUUGAGACUUCCUCCUAAAGCAUCGCCAUUAUUCAACUACAAAGUCUGUAAAGAGCAAAGCUUGUUUGUUGGCGAUCAUGCCUUUGGUUCUCCUCCUCUUUCACGUGGCGACGUUAUGGCUGUACAGUUCACUAACCUCACAUGUCUUACAAAAGGAAACGCAAAGACCGUUUAUCAAGCAACUUUAAGACUUAAGUCUGGGAAGACAUUAGAUUACCGUCCAGGUGAUAGCAUCUCCAUAUUACCUGAAAAUAACACUCAAACCGUGGCCUGGUUGUUACAGCGUUUAACGUUGGGUAGUCUGCAUGAUGCUGAUACACUUUUCACUCAUGAAGUAAUAGCUACAAAGCAUAGAAGUCUCCCUGAAUGGUCUCAUUUUACUUGUCCACUUUCAUUAAGAUAUUUAUUAACGUAUUGCUGUGAACUGUAUAUACCCAUAACACGUCGGAUUUUACGAUUGUUAGCAGAUUAUUGUUUUGAUGACAACGUCAACCCUGUUAGUGCAGAAAGACAACGUAACCGACUUCUAGAAUUCUGCAGUGAAGAAGGGAAGAAAAUGUUUGAAAAAUACAUACAAAAACCUGAUCUUAAUCUCUUGGAUAUUUUGUCUAUAUUUUCAUGUUGCCGACCAUCAUUUAUUCGAUUGUUAGAAAUUCUACCAACUCUUCAGCCACGUUCAUAUACACUCAUUAAUCCAGUUGAUGAACAAUUAUCUCGUGAACAAGAACUGUCUUUUAUUUUCACUAGAGUGGAUUUUGAAUAUCCUGAAAGUGAUAAGCAUGUAAGUUUUAUUGAUCGUUAUCCACCACGACGUCAUGGCACUUGUACCGGUUGGCUUGAAAAAAUAUGGUUUGGAGUUAAUCAACCUGAUGACUAUCAGAAAAUUAAUUUCAACAAUGUUGAAUCUCGGAUUAUAUACAUAUAUUUACGUAAAAAUAUUACACAAUUUUAUUUACCCGAUCAUAUCUCUCAACCCGUUAUAAUGAUUUCUGCCGGAAGUGGAAUUGCACCAUUUAUUAGCUUCAUAAGGCAACGUAAAAUUGAUAACCUGAAGAAAAAUACUUCUACUGGAGAUUUGUGGCUGAUGUAUGGCUGUCGUUCUCCAACGUCUAGUCUCCUGUUUGAAAACGAACUAUCAGAUGCAGUAAAUUCUAAAGUAUUGACACAUCUUUGCCUCUGUUUUUCAAGAGACACUGUAAAUUCUCGAGAUGAAAAGUAUGCACUUAAAGAAAUCUCGUCAAUAUUAAUUGAACAAGCCUGUUUUCCACUCAAAGCACAGUAUGUUCAAGAUUGUGUCCUUUAUAAAUAUUUUACUGAUUAUGAAGUAUCCGAGCAUGAUAUUCAACUGAUGAAUCUUGUUUUCGAGAGGGGUGCUAAAAUAAUGAUUUGUGGAGGAACACGUGCUUUAGCUUUGGGAGUAUAUGAGUCGUGGCUGAGACUACUUGCUAUGCGACUUUAUUAUGAACGAACACAGAAAUGGUGUAAGUAUUCGGCCAUACCUGAAGAUGAUUUCAUAGAUGCCCGAGCAUAUGUAGAAGGAAUGCGUAAAACAGGACGAUUUCAAGAAGAUAUAUGGGCUUAA